GUCGUCUGACAGACCUGCGUGUUCAGAAUAUCGGUAUGGAGCUCGUCGAAGACGUAUAUGUGGAGGCACUGCGACCUUGAGUUUGAUCACACUGCUCGGACGCAUAGAUGAAUCGUCGAUUGACAAUUCGGCUCGCUUGUUGCGUAGAAACGGCGUGAAAACAAUUGUAAAACGUGCAAAAAAGAAAAGAUGAUAAGAGUCGUGAUAGAGAUACUCGAUCGAGAAGUUUUUGCUAGCACGUGAAGAAAAACUCUGCGUUUGCAGACCGUUUGAGCCAUGAGAGAAGCCGCGGGUUGUAGUCCCUUAUGUUUCUAAACACAAUUCGCCCUUUUCAAUAGAUUAUAAAGUAGGAGUUGUAGUGAAAUAAGAGAAACUGGCAGAAACGUUGCUUAUUCAAACAAGUAAGUCAUCCAAAUGCCGGAGAACGAGCGCGUCCGCGCUCCGCCAGGAGGGCAUACAACCUUCACGCUCGGUGGCGGUGAAAUAGAGUCGAUAACUGUAUCCGCUAAUCGCUAUGCCAGAGGCCACGACCAAAAUUCCGGUAACGUCAUGACCGGCUAUCCGACAACUCGAGUCCACGCGCCGCCAGGUGGGAAGAGCAGCAUUUGCUUUGGUACCUACAAGUUACUGUUGGUUGUUUGCUUUGUUAAGGUUUUGCAAAGCAGGGAGGUCCUUGAGUUGACUUGUUGCUUCGUGAGCAUCUUUAGUGGACGUGGACCUCCAACAUAGGAAGAUGAUUUAGAUUUCAAUUUCAUCUUCCACCUAGUACUAAUUUACACUAAAAUCAAAGAUUAUAUUACAUGAUGAUCCACCAAAUAAGUAGUAAGUUACACUCAAUAUUACAUCCAAUUCCAAAUAAUUGCCACAAGAACACCACAGACGACGGGUCUUCAUCGGCGAUCAAGUCCUCACCAACCGAAGCGAGAACGAGGCCUGGCAAAUAUUCGGCACCGUCAAAGCCGCCUCUUCCAGGAGAGGCAGUUUCGAGAGGGCAAAUGCCCACAGGAGGAAUACAACACCACAAAUUUGGAACACCUAGUCCGGUAGUGAGAAAGUUGAUGACCCCCUAGUGGUCCUUUGGAGGAAUGACAAUGACUGAAGUGUUAAUAAAGAUGCAGAAGUGUUAAAUAAGAUGUGCUGGUAAUUCUAUCUGAAGCCUCAGAGGAGGUGGAGCAGUAGUUGUACUAGUAAGCCCCAUGAUCCAUGACUUAUCCCACAGAUGAGUGUCCCACAUCCAUGAUCCAUUCACACUUUCUUGUUGCCACAGAUGCCACACGAAAUUCGGGAACAGCCGACUUUCAAGAAUUCCUAUCGCUUUAGCGACGUCCCAGAGCCACAGAGGAUCGACUAUGAUGCGCCACCAGUAGGGGGACCCUCAGCAUUGCAUCUAGGAAGCGCAAAGCCAAGCCCUGUUGUCAGGCCGGCGGAACGUACUUACUUAAGUAUUCAAUAUUACAGAACUAUUGCAUACUCAGUUCCUGAACUACAGCCAUGUCAGGCCGGCGGGACGUAAGUAGUUUAUAGCGCGCAUGGUGCAUGGAGUAGCAUGGAGUGCAUCAUGGGGCGCAGAGCUUUAAGGGGCGCAAGAAGCUCCCCCUUUAGCUCCAUGCUACUCCAUGUGAUCCAUGCACUCCAUGCCAUGCGGCGGACUGUGAAACCUUAUAAAUUGCUCUGCUUUCAAUUAUACAGAACUAUAGCAUACUUCUCAGUUCCUGAACUACAGCCAUGAAACUAGUUCGUCUCAGCAAAAACUCAAAAAAUUUGAAGUCCCAAACCGUAUAUUAAAACCGUUUCUCAUGGUCACAUCACACAGCUCCCUCAUGGCCCCACGGUUCGCCUUAUGCGGCCGGCUUAGAAGCAAAUAAAGAGGAAUGCAGACAAGGACAAGCGACUAUGGGUCUCGAUAAUUCUCCGUUGAGGGAAAAUGAACGGCUACCUCCUGGAGGAUUGCAGCAUAAUGUAGUCAGAACUUCCUUUAUGACUCGCUUAUCAUCACUUCUACAACUUCCCCAGUACUACAUCUGGAAUUUCUUGCGAAAAUUCGUUCUUAGUCUACAGACUUCUACAACCUGGACGUGGCCUAAUAAAUUAGUAAAAAAUUAUGAAUGUUGAUAGAAGAACAAGACCCUCUUCAUCAUGUAGACCUGAUAGAAGAACAAGAUCCUGUUUUUCACACCUUCACUCAGAUCUUCAACCGAGCGAGCUUAGACACCGACCCCAGAAUGUUUCCUCGAGAUGAGGAGGCUCGGGACCAGGAGAGGUUACCACCUGGUGGACUGCAGCAUAAUGUAUUUGUUUCUUUUUAGAAGGAGAAGGUACAAUUCGACUGAAAGGCCUCAAAACUACUUGACCACGUAGUUAACGAGGGCACAUGACAUGACCAGCUGGGCUGAUAUGGGGGAUGCUGUUGACCUUGGAGUCAGCCGCCAUCUUGUCUCUACGGUGAUCACGAAUGAUCAUAUCAGGGGCAGACACAUGAGGACCCCCAGCACAAAUAACUGGCUUCGUCCCUUUGCUUUACUUAGAGCAUGAUUGAUCAUACCUGCGCAUCAUCGACGGAGGACAAUGUGCAACUACCACUAGCAGGUCGUACUGAAUAAUUAUGUAGAUGCACUUACUAUAGUACUGAAUUAUGUAGAUGCACUUACAGUUACAACCCAACUACUAGGUCGUAAUGAAUAAUGUAGAAGUAGAUGCACUUCUUACAGCGCCCUGUCUCAUAAGCGUAUUAUGUCCACAUAAUUGUUCGUAAUGAAAAAUAUAAUGUGGAUGAUAUAACGUCUACAACCAACUACACCCUUUUUCACGACAUCAGAUUUUCAAUCGACAAAGUAUAGCUGCGGAUACAAGGAGAAUGUUUCCAGCUGAGGAAGUUGCGACCACGCUUUCCGGUCGAAUGCCUCCAGGAGGAACGAGCAAUAUCAUCUUUGGUAAUUUUUAAUGGAUCAUAAGGGAAAACAAGAAGAGAACCCUUAGGAUCGAACUCAGGUCACCAAAUACCAGAACCAUACAGCCUAAGCCUAUCUUCCCUCGUCAUCCAUAACAGGCGGUGACCGCGACAGUAUACCAGCUAUUACAAGACCGGGUGCCGGUGCCAGUGCGCCAAGAGCGUUGGAAGAAAAAUUUCAGCGGAUGCAUAAACGUGCACCGCCAGGUGGCACAUCUACGAUACAGCUUGGUUAG